CGCCACGCCCAUCGGUUUACUUUACUACCAGCCCCACCCCAACAGUGUGCACUUACUACUGCUCUAUUUUAUUUUAGUGAAUUUUAAAAUGAUACUACAGUUGACACUGUCUCUCUAGUAUGUGUGAUUUUGGAUCGAUAGAAAGCAUGGAUGACCUCUCAGAAUCAAGACCUAUCACUGAUUCCUUUCCAAACAUACAGGGAGGGAGGAACAACUCAAUUAGCAGCGGCGGGAGGACUCGUUUCCUUGACUUUCAUUCUGGAAGAAAAUGUCCGACCUGCAGUGGCACAGGGAAAAUCCCUAAAGGUCAGGAUGAUCAGCUAGUUGCCUUGAUACCAUAUUCAGAUAAAAGACUCAAGCCAAGACGAACGUGGAUAUAUGGCAUAUUUGUUAUCUCUUGUCUAUUGUUAACAGUCCUGCUGAUAGUUGGUAUCAUACUAGCUGUAUUUAUGUUUCCAAGGACAGUAGAGAUAUCACUUAUCAGUUACAAUCAAACUGAUGACUACGUUAAUUUUAAAUUGCAUCCAAAUGCUACGACAAUGCCAGCGAAAGAUAAUGUGACAGAAGUUACCCUAAUUAUUGAUUCUGAAAUCUCUGUUCGUAAUCAUAAUUUCUUUCCGAUACACGUCAGUCAGGUUAAUAUUUCUUUUAUGUAUCUUACUGGAAUAGUUGGUAAUUCGUCUUCACCAUCUGAAGCAACAACAGUUGACGUCAGAGGAAAGAAAAGUUUUUUCAUUAUUCAAAAUAUAACAUUUGAGGACUCUAACUCUCGUAGAGUAUUUUCAAUAUGUACCGGAAAGGAAUGGGAACACAGGAUUAAUGUUGAAAUAGGUAUAACGGUACAAUAUGAGUAUUUAACACACGUCUCCGAUACUGUCCAGACGUUCCAUCAACUUUUAGAAUGUUUCAUUUCCUUUCCUAUUACUCCUCUCAUACCCAACAGCACCAACAGUAGCAGCUACAGCAACAAGAAUGACUUUACCAGACACUCUUUGCUGUAAAAGACUUACUGAUUAUUGUACAGAU